AUGGCUGCUCGCGAAGACGUCGAGUUCAGAACCAUUGAUGGUCUCGUCCUCCGUGGCUGGCUAUACCCAGCAACAAAGCGAGGAGCAGCCAUUAUCGCGACUCCCGGAUUCAACUUCACCAAAGAGACCAUGGUUGCGGAAGUCGCCGAGUACUUCCAGAAAUUUGAUUUCACAGUCCUCAUCUACGAUCCCCGCUCUAUCGGGUUAAGCGAUGGUUCACCGCGCAACGAAAUUCAUCCCUCGCGAAACGUCGAGGACUACCACGAUGCCUUGACAUUCCUCAAAGGCCACCCGCUGGUUGACCCGGCGCGCAUCGCCUACUGGGGCUUCUCGUACAGCGGCAUGCUGGCCCUCAUCGCGGCUUCGCUGGACAAACGCGCAAAAGCCGUGGCGCUCCGUGAUCGCGAGUCGCGCGCUGCAGGCAACAAGCCCGUCUACAUUCCAAUGCUGACUGCCGAAGGGGAGAACCCGGCGGGUUUCGGCAAGGGCUUCGACGUGAACGGCUUCAAGAUGAUGGCAGGGGCGAAAGAGCUGCAGCCAACCUUUGAGUUGGAGACGACGCUGGGCAGCUACUACCACAUUGCUGCCUUCCAGCCGAUGGGACUGAUUCCUUACGUUUCUCCAACCCCAGUUAUGGUGGUCACACCGGAGCAUGACGUGGUCUCGCCCGCAGAGCUUCAGCGGACCGAGAUCUACGACCGGUUGAAGGAGCCUAAGCGCCACCUGGUAGUUCCGGACAGGGGGCACAUGGAUGUGCUGAGUGGCGACGACUUUGCAAGGGUGCUGGAUGCGCAAGUUGCCUUCCUGCGUGAGGUUUUGGGAGCCUAA